AUGCUACGGAGAAGACCUUCAAAUGCAUCUGAGAAGGAGCAGUUGCAGAAGAAAAAGAUCACAUUACAAAGGUCAAGCAGCUUUAAGGAUUUUAUGAAACACAAACCCACAUCACCUGUUGCUGUGGACAAAGAGUUCUGUUUGGAAGAGUCGGCAGCAGAAGGAGCGCAGGCCGAGGAGAAGUGCGGCAUUAAACUGGGAAAGAAAUGGCGUACUGUCAUUUCACGCACAAUGACGCGCAAAACCUCCAAGAUGGUGCAGAAGGCCCUGGCGGAGGAAGGAGUUGACAGCUGUGAGGAGCUGUCCCCUGUGUCUCCAGACUUUGUCCCAGAUCUGAGUUUUGGACAGAGGACGUCGGUGUGUUCCACUGGCUCCGAGGACACUGUCCCCAGCCUCACCCGGCAGCUGUCCUCCAACUGUGACCGGCAGAGUCUGGACAGCGGCUACAGUCAGCGGGACAGUAUGCGACUGGAGGACAGCACGUACUCAGGACCGUUCUGUGGUCGCGCUGUCGUGCACACAGACUUCACCCCCAGCCCCUACGACAUGGAGUCACUCAAACUGCAGAAAGGCGACAUAAUCCACAUCAUCGAGAAGCCUCCGGUCGGGACGUGGACGGGGAAACUGAACUCCAAAGUGGGAUCUUUUAAGUUUAUUUACGUGAACCUGCUGCCAGAGCAGAGCGCCUCCACCAGACCACCACCGCGCAACCGUAACAAGAGAAGAAGCCAAAGUAAACCCAGUAGCCUGGAGGAAGUUCUGGACAGCAUUGGACUCACAGAGCUGAGUGGUGUGCUGUGGAUGCAUGGGUUCCAAAGCCUGGAGGACUUCACUGGUCUGAGCGAGUCUCACCUCAAUGAACUGAACAUCACUGACCCAGAGCAGCGCUGCAAGAUCCUGGACGCCACAGAGUUUUUCAGAGACUCUGACGAAGAGUCCGACUCGGAGGAGGAAGAAGGUGAAUGUGUGAAGACCACGAAGGAUCCCAGAGAUUCAGGUUGUUUUGAGAGCUCAGAGAACUUAGAAAAACCCAAAACUGAAGCCUCAACAGAACAAGAGCAAGAGCUGGAAUACCCUGAACCAACUCAGAACGAGGAGACCGAGGAGAACGAGGAGAUCGCUGUGGAGGAGCAGAUGAAGGAGCUGACGCUGACUGAAGACGUGUUCCAGUGA